GCAGGCAGGGAGGGCAGGCAGUGCCAGGCAAGGUGGGCAGUGCCAGGCAGGGUGGGCAGGGGCGGUCAAGCAGGGUGGGCAGGCAGUGCCAGGCAGAGUGGUCAGUGCCAGGCAGGGUGGUCAGUGCCAGGCAGGGUGGUCAGUGCCAGGCAGGGCGGUCAGUGCCAGGCAGGAUGGUCAGGAGUGGUCAGUGCCAGGCAGGGUGGUCAGUAGUGGUCAGUGCCAGGCAGGGUGGUCAGUGCCAGGCAGGGCGGUCAGUGCCAGGCAGGAUGGUCAGGAGUGGUCAGUGCCAGGCAGGGUGGUCAGUAGUGGUCAGUGCCAGGCAGGGUGGUCAGUGCCAGGCAGGGUGGUCAGUAAUGGUCAGUGCCAGGCAGGGUGGUCACACAGGGUGGUCAGUGCCAGGCAGGGUGGUCAGUAGUGGUCAGUGCCAGGCAGGGUGGUCAGUAGUGGUCAGUGCCAGGCAGGGUGGUCAGUGCCAGGCAGGGUGGUCAGUAGUGGUCAGUGCCAGGCAGGGUGGUCACACAGGGUGGUCAGUGCCAGGCAGGGUGGUCAGUAGUGGUCAGUGCCAGGCAGGGUGGUCACACAGGGUGGCCCGUGCCAGGCCGUGCCGAGCGGCAGCACCAAGGGACGAGGGUGGCACAGGCGGGAGCAGCGCGGCCGUGCAGGCUCUGAGGGGACCCCCGUGUCCCCAGGGCGGGGACAGCCAGGGCCGGGGGUGGCGCGGCCAAAGGGGGAUCGGGAUCUCCCCCGCGAGCGGCCUCGGGAAGCGACAGCCAAAGGAAUUCCUGGGAAUUCCUCAAUUCCACAGCCUGGGAAGGAGCCCGCGCCAUGCCACGCCACAUUCCCGCGUGCGACAUUCCCGCGUGCGACAUUCCUGCAUGCGACAUUCCCGCAUGCGACAUUCAUUCCGGGAUGCGACAUUCCCGCCGGGAAUGCCGGGAUGUGCGGCGGGCUCCGGCUCCAUGCGGGGCUCGGGACAGCACCGGGGAGGGGGGCGGGGACACCGGGGAGGGGGGCGGGGACACCGGGGACAGAGGGGACACGGAGAGGAGGUGGCAGGGGAGGCACAGGAGGGUGGCACGGGAUGGUCUGGGAUGGGAACAGGGAUGGGAGCAGGGAUUUGAGUUGGGAACUGGGAUGGGAACUGGGAUGUGGGAUGGGAGCAGGGAUGGGAACUGGGAUGUGGGAAGGGAACUGGGAUGGGAACUGGGAUGUGGGAAGGGAACUGGGUUGGGAACUGGGAUGUGGGAUGGGAGCUGGGAUGGGAACUGGGAUGUGGGAUGGGAGCUGGGAUGGGAACUGGGAUGUGGGAAGGGAACUGGGAUGGGAACUGGGAUGUGGGAUGGGAGCUGGGAUGGGAACUGGGAUGUGGGAAGAGAACUGGGAU